AUGAGUAGCCCCGGGUCUCCAGGCGACGGUCAAGGUGCCGGGAGCGGAUCCACUCUGAAGCCCUACUUGAGGAGAAAAAAGUCCUCACUGGGAGAAACCAAGAUUGCGGUCUUAGGGAUGGCUGGCGUUGGCAAAAGUGCUUUGUGUGUGCGGUUUCUAACCAAGAGAUUCAUUGGAGAAUAUGAUCAAGCAAGUGAGAACAAGUACAAAUGUUCUACAGUGUUGGAAGGCGAGUCGGUUACAUUUGAGCUUCUCGAUACCAGAUCACAGAAUGACGAUAUGGGAGCUCGCGAUGACGUCGUGCGGUGGGCUGACGGGUUUGUGCUGGUGUACUCUGUGACCUCCAGGAAGACGUUUGACGUCCUGGCUGACGUGAGACGUAAAGUGGAGGACAUGAAGAAAGCUUCUCACGUGCCCGUGAUCCUGGUGGGCAACAAGGCCGACCUGGCCCAGUUUAGACAGGUCACUCAGGACGAAGGAGCCAGGUUGGCUGUUGAUCUCAGCUGUACAUUCAUGGAAGUUUCCGCUUCUGAAGACGUUACCAAGGUAACGGACGCCUUCCACACCUUGUGCAAGGAGAUAGUAGAUUACAAGCGACGAUCGAGAACCUUCUUAGAUCGCGUGUUUGGGCUGAAGAAAUCCUGA